GAGGUUGAGGAGCAAUGGGAGGGGAAAAAGGAGGGCAGAGGAGCAUAGGACGAGGGAGGCACAAGCACUUCUGCUGGUAAUUCUUUCCAUGCCCUUCGCAAGUGAGAACGCUUCCAUCUCGUCCGUGACCGGGCUUGACCUGCCUGCAGCUGUUUCUGAUCAUCAGCAUCGGCGACGACACCGUCCCUGUUCCGUAGAGGACCCGGACCUUUCCGGAAGAAGAUUGAUUGAUUCGUUUACUUUUAUGUGAUAGAUUCGUUCUUGUGUGGCAUCAACUGCAAACACCAUCUGACAUACAUUCAUUGGAAGUUUCUUUGAUGAGAAACCACAGCGUGUCAUUUAUCCAGCCAUCCUUGAAUCGUUUAUCGUAGAAAGAGAGCUCGCUGUUCUUCCGUCGGCGUAAUAAAGAGUCCAUUGUGCAUCAGCCGGUGGAUUAUAAGAGACUUUGACAAACAAGAACAAGACGAAAUCUGUCUAUCAUACGGCCUUGUUGCUACGACUCUAUCCUGUCAGAAGAAGAGGAAUGUACAGUUACCUUGAUAACCUGCCGAAGUGUCAACAUACCUGCCUGGCCGUGAGAAAACCUCAAACCUCAGUAUGGCUCUACACUCACACGAUCAGGAUCUUUAGGACACUUUGAUCAGAGAUAGAUCUCUGCUUGAGAAACAACUCAACCUCAGGCGAUAACAUACGUUAUAUCAAAGCCAAGCAUCAUCCGCUAAAGCUCUGUGGUCUCCGAGGCUUCGUGACUGGCAGCCCAGAAAGCAGUUCUGGCAAGUAACCCCAAAUCUCCAGGUUCUCAUCUCUGGUAAAGACAAAGGGAGAUCCUGUCAAUCAACGUCUCCAAAAAGCCAGUUUGUCCAUCAGCGGAUCUUGACGUGACACCUGUUGGUGAGCUUCUAAAGGACCUCCGGAUUAGUCAUGGCCGACUGGAGUUUGCUAGGAAACUUUCUGGAAGAAGUCCAAGAACACUCCACCUCUGUGGGAAAGGUGUGGCUCACCAUCCUCUUCAUCUUCAGGAUCCUGGUUUUGGGCACGGCGGCGGAGUCUUCCUGGGGCGACGAACAGGAAGACUUCACCUGCGACACCGAGCAGCCCGGCUGCGAGAACGUUUGCUACGACCAAGCCUUCCCCAUAGCGCAUAUACGGUACUGGGUGCUUCAGAUAGUGUUCGUUUCCACGCCCUCUCUCAUCUACGUGGGACACGCCAUGCACAGCGUCCGGAUAGAGGAGAAGAGAAGGAAAGAGCAGGAAGAGGAAGGAGCCCAGAGAAAUCGAGGAAAGUACCCAGAGGAGGAAAAGGAUUGUGAGGAGGAUGAGGGCGGAGGGGGUAAAGUGCGAUUGAAAGGUGCCCUGCUACAAACGUACGUACUGAGCAUUCUCCUCCGCAGCGUGAUGGAGGUGAUCUUCAUCGUGGCCCAGUAUCUGAUCUACGGGGUCUUCCUCAACACGCUCUACGUGUGUAGGGCCCCUCCGUGCCCGCAUCCGGUGAACUGUUACAUCUCACGACCUACGGAGAAGAACGUGUUUAUCGUGUUCAUGCUAACCGUGGCGGCCGUGUCUCUUUUUCUUAGUAUUGUGGAAUUAUAUCACUUGGCAUGGAAGCAUUGUAAGAAGUGUGUGCACAGAUACAAAGCCUCAAAGCGACGUCCAAACACCCCAUCCACUGUAGCCGCGGCCUCGCCGAAUCAGUCCACGCCGAUUCGUGCUUGCACUCCGCCUCCCGAUUUCAACCAGUGCCUGAUGACGUUACCCCCAUCGUCGCCCACUGUACAGACACACGGUCACUCUAUAACGCACCCGAGCUGCCCACCCUUUCACGACCGACUGGCACACCAGCAGAAUUCGGUGAAUUUGGCCACCGAACGCAACCACAGUCAUGACUACCUGGGGGUGGAUUUCUUCAAGAUGAGCUUUUCGCAAGCACCCACAGACACACCCAACUCGUACGCCUCUCCUUCGUUGCUAAGCAGCGAAUUUGUUGAGGACAGGAGACGGUUUAGCAAGAGCAGCGGAGCCAGCAGUCGCAUGAGACCGGAUGACCUUACAGUAUAGGGUCGACCUAUUGCAUUUACAAAUGGGAUGUGUGGGGGUGACUUGGCAAGAGUCUAGUGAUGUUGUACUUGAUCUAACAGAACUGUUUAAAACCUGUUCACACAUUCACACAAUGCGAGUGGACUAGUUACACCUUAAAGAUCAUCAUUCAUUUUGAACACAACUUCACUUUAAAGGUCCAGUGUGUCCUUUUUUGGAGGACCUAUUGACAGAAAUACAAUAUAAUAUACAUAACCAUGUCUUCAGAGGUGUAUAAUAAA